AUGUACAAUGUUGAGGAUGAGGAGUCCCUGGCGCUCAUCCAGCGCGCGUUCACUGAUGAAAUGAUGACGACGAUCUUCAGCCGCAUCGGGCCGUAUGCCCUCGGUCGCGCCGCGUGCGUGUGCCGGCAGUGGCGAUUCCUCGCCAGGAACCCCAACCUCUGGGAGGCAGCGGCUAGGGAGGCGCUGUCUCCACCAGCGCACAAGGACAUUGCGCCUGCGCAGCUGCACAGGACGUUGGCGCAGAAGUAUGGCUGCUCCUGGCGUAGAAUGUUCCUGGAGGUCCCGCACGUUCGCUUCGACGGAGUGUACGUGGCGCGCAACACCUACAUCCGCGUGGGCGCUGUCGAGCUGCACCGCUCCAACACUGUCUUCCUGGCAUGCUACUACCGCUACUACCGCUUCUUUCCCAACGGACAGAUGCUGUACCGCACCAGCCCGCACGUCCUGAAGCUGGUCGCCCGCUCCCUGGCCCGCACGCCCGCGGCGCUCCAGGCCGCCGCCAAGGCCCCCGGGGCCUACGGCCGCGGCGGCGCCGCCGACGACGCGCAGCACGUCUACAUCGGCCGCUACUGCAUCCAAGGCGGGCAGCUGCGCACCGUCAUCUCGUACCCCAACUCGCGGGGCACGGAGGUGCGGGCCAAGCUGGGGGUGCGAUCCACAGUGGCCGGCGCGUGGGACCGGCUGGAUGUUGAGAGCCUGUGCACCUACGACUGGGAGACAGGCUCGUCUUCGCCAUUCCCCACCGACCCGCGCGCCGAGGACGAGUACGGGGACGGCGCGCAGCGGCAGGAGCACCGGCGCGGGCUGGCGCCGUUUGUGUUUGUGCCGUGGGAGCAGGUGCUGACGACGCCGCUCAACCUGCCGGCCUCCAAGAUGGAUGUUUUCCUGCCAGGGUGA